UUUGAAUAAGGAGCAACAGAUUCCUCGAAGCUUGUGUCGUCCUUCUUUUCUGACAAUCUUCACUCAUGGCCGUGCCUACCUCCUCAUCCUCCAUCGCCCGCGGAAUUUCUUCCUUAGCCAUCUCUUAUUCACCAUUCUUGGGUUUUCUUAAACCAAAUCAUCAACAGAAUCACAUCAGUUAUGGGUUUAACAGCAAAUAUGCCUCCUUCGCCAUCAAUUGUUCGUCUUCCGAAAUGGGUCGCUCUUCAGAUUCCAUGGCGUUUAGUUUGAACGAAAAUGGCACAUCCAGAGGUCCCGUUAAGUGGCAAAGGGUGCUUCUUAAAGUAAGCGGAGAAGCACUUGCUGGAGACCAUGAACAAAAUAUAGACCCAAAGGUUACGAUGGCAAUUGCAAGAGAGGUUGCUGAUGUCACUAGGCUUGGCAUCGAGGUCGCCAUCGUUGUUGGUGGGGGGAAUAUCUUCCGUGGAGCAUCGUGGGCAGGAAGUAGUGGCCUCGACCGUUCAUCUGCGGAUUAUAUUGGGAUGUUGGCGACUGUUAUGAAUGCUAUAUAUUUGCAAGCAACAAUGGAGAGUAUCGGCAUCCCAACAAGAGUCCAGACAGCAUUUCGGAUGUCUGAAGUUGCUGAACCAUAUAUUCGUCGAAGGGCAGUUCGGCAUUUGGAGAAAGGAAGAGUUGUCAUCUUUGCAGCAGGAACCGGAAAUCCCUUCUUCACAACAGAUACCGCCGCAGCCCUUAGGUGUGCAGAGAUUAAUGCAGAGGUGGUUUUAAAAGCUACUAAUGUGGAUGGCGUGUAUGAUGAAGAUCCCAGGACUAACCCUAACGCUCGACUCCUUGAGACUCUUACAUAUCAAGAAGUAACCUCGAGGGACCUUUGUGUUAUGGAUUUGACCGCAAUCACUUUAUGCCAAGAAAACAACAUCCCGGUUGUUGUAUUUAAUCUUGGAAAGCCCGGUAACAUCACGAAAGCGAUAAAGGGCGAAAGGGUUGGCACAUUGAUCGGUGGCGCUUGUACCUCAGCUGUGGCAAGGGCUUGAGUGAUCCUUCUUCCGGUAAUCUAUUAAACUCCUUCAUUCUUCAUACUAAUUAUUGUCGGUUGUGGAUCUAAAAUACGAAGAUAUCCGAAGGUACAAUUUUGCAUUCAUCUCUACACAUCGUGGAGCUAUAGGUAGCUGCAUGUGUUAGUAUCGAUAGCGUGAUAGCGAAAUCCGCUUAUAAUUUUUCAGUUUUUUCUCGUAUUAUCGGCAUUAAGUUGGUUGUUUGGUCCCGGUUAAUGGGUUCACCACUGUUUUUGUAAGAUGUAUGGAAGUUUCAGAACUUGAGGCUGGAGUUUGGUCUGUUUUUCGUUUAAAAUUAUCAAACGACGGAUGAAAAAUUACAGAUUUACGAUA